GCGCGCUGUGCAUUGUGGGACGCGCUUGCACGUUCGCCUGAGUCGUUCCAGUUCACGCGUGACGGAGCUCAGAGGGGAGCGGGAGAAGCCGGGAGGGGGGGACGCAUUGCUACCGCUGCCGCCGACCCCGCUGCGCCUGUGCUGAUCCAGACCCCCUUGAAAAAAAAUGUCCAGUAGGGGUGGAAAGAAAAAGUCAACCAAAACAUCUCGCUCAGCAAAGGCUGGGGUCAUAUUCCCUGUUGGACGAAUGCUUCGUUAUAUAAAGAAAGGUCAUCCAAAAUACAGAAUUGGGGUCGGUGCUCCAGUAUAUAUGGCAGCAGUACUUGAAUACUUGACUGCGGAAAUUCUUGAAUUGGCUGGAAAUGCAGCACGAGAUAACAAGAAAGGCCGUGUCACCCCUAGACAUAUCUUGCUGGCUGUAGCAAACGAUGAAGAAUUAAAUCAGCUGUUGAAAGGUGUCACCAUAGCCAGUGGUGGUGUAUUACCAAAUAUUCACCCAGAGUUGUUGGCCAAAAAGCGGGGUUCAAAAGGAAAAUUGGAAGCAAUCAUCACUCCACCUCCAGCUAAAAAAGCAAAGUCACCAUCACAGAAGAAAACUACAACAAAGAAAGCAAGCACAAAGAAAGUAGCAAGAAAAUCUAAGAAACAGGGAGAAGUCAGUAAAUCAGCAAGCGCUGACAGCACAACAGAAGGUACCCCAACAGAUGGUUUCACUGUCUUAUCCACGAAAAGUUUAUUUCUUGGGCAAAAGCUGAACCUAAUUCACAGUGAAAUCAGUAAUUUAGCCGGCUUCGAAGUGGAGGCCAUUAUCAAUCCCACCAAUGCUGACAUUGACCUUAAAGAUGAUCUAGCUAAAGACAGAAAUGGAUAGACAUAGAUAGUUAAGGAUGCAGACUUACACGGGAAAAAAACUCCAUUGAAUACAAUGAGAAUUGUUUCUGCAUACACAGAAGUACUAAAAGUUAUGUAUUUGAUGUUCCUGUACCUUCUUUCAUUCUCCCUUUUCUCAGUAUACACCUGUACACAGACUCUUAAUUUUUUUUGAAAUGCUACCAUGUAUAUUAAUCUGCAGAACAUAGGAUUAUUAUUUUUUUAUUAUUACAUUUGCAUACACUGAAGCAAUUGGUUAGGAUAGAUACUAUAAGCUCUGGAACCUUCUGGAGUUUUUCCCCUUAUCAGCUAUGUUAUAGCUUUUUUAAUGUUAAAAUGAUCUAUGUUAAUUAUAGUUUUAAGUAUCAUUUUAUCAAAGAGAAGUUACCAGGCACACAGAUUUCUUUUUUUAUAUGAGAACGAGGUAAGAGAGAGAAUAGUAUUUAAUUCCCACAUUAUAUGGAAGUUGAUUAAGGUGAAAAUAGUACAGUAGUUUGGCUUGAUUUAGGUGUUUUAUGAAUAACUUCUUCAACCACAUUUACCAUUUUUAAUGAGAGAUUACAUUCUAUGAUUGGAGCACUCCAUUUCAGAAUAUUGUUCCUAAAUCGUUGAUAUUUGGUGUUUUUUUUUAAGCCAUAUCCCAUUCAUUGCCAAGGACAAUCAAGUGCAUAUUAUUGUAUAUCCUGAUCGAAAUUAUAAUGAGGAUGUGAAAUCGGUGUUAACUACUUAAACAAUUUUCUGAAAUGCUACCAUGUAUAUUAAUCUGCAGAACAUAGGGUUAAAAUAUUUUUUAUUCUUAUAUUUAACUUAAAAAUCAACUUAGGAAAGGCAUGGUAAAAUUAAACACAAAUAAUUAAAAUAUAAAAAUAUCACAUUUUGGAACUUAAAUUAUGAAAUUAGCACUUUUUUCUCAUUAAAAAGAACAACUACCAUGGUGAAUUCCAUACUAUCCUAUGUUUCUGUUUAUUUAGAAGUUAUAGAACAAAUAUUAUGCUGAAAUCUCUACAUAUAUUCAUUCUUGAAUCUUCAGUUCCUUAGUCAUAAGUCUACCACUGGGAACUCUAGAGUAAAGGUAACUUAUAAUCUAUUGUUUGCAAAUUAUUUAUGUCCUUCAAAAACCCAGCACUCGGUCAUAUAGUUUCCUAUUAAUAGAUUCAGAGGGAGAAUUUAAGAAUUUUGCCUCAGGAUAACAUGGCCAUUGCUUGUUGAGGCCAAAAUGAGCCCAAAGGACUAUCGCAAAAGGUUAUGUUUCAUUUCAUCCUUUACCUCCAUGCCAUUCAAGAUAUCUGCCCCUUUCAAUGGGGGUGACAUAUUCAGUAAAUAGUUAUAGCAUUGCAAGCUGAAAAUGCUCCCAGAACCUCUGGGGAGUUAAACUACACAUUGAUUUCUGUAGGUCUUAAUGCAUAAAUAUUCCCAACAUGAUUAAUAAAAUCAUGUUGGGAAUAUUUAUAAAAAUCAAGGAAUAUUGUAAAGAUAGUGUAUCAGAAUGGAGAAACAGUUGCUUUGUCAGAUUUGAUGAACCAGAUUGGAUAGAGUUAUCAUAAUGUUUUUUUAAGAUUACAUUUUUACAGGUUCUGCAAAACCAAGAAGAUGCUAGCUGUUCUUUAUAUUUCCUUCCUGAAAUGCAGUGUCUUUGACCUAUUGGUCAAGUACUAAAAGUUAUGUAUUUGAUGUUUCUCUACCUUCUCCUUUCAUUCUCCCUUUUCUCAGCCCACACCUGUACACAGGCUCUUAGGUUUUAUUGUGAUGGUUUAUUACACAUAUUUUGGAGCCCAAAAGGUAGGAUAAAGAAGGAUGUUGGCAUGUACAUAAAUGUAGAUCCUGUUCCGGGUCUUUGACCAACAUGGUUGAUACACAUUUGUUUACCUG